ACGUUCACCGAAUUUGUCUGAAACUGCAGGGUGUCUCAGAGCGGAGCCAUGAAGUGGACCUGGGUGCUGGUGGCGGUUUUGCUGUCCUUUGCUGGGAUUUCUUACGGCAAGGAGAGCCUGGACUUCCCUGAGUAUGAUGGAAAGGACAGAGUCCAUGACCUCAAUGCCAAGAACUUAAAGUCUGUGAUGAAGAAGUAUGAUGUUAUGGUGGUGUACUACCAUGACCAUCCCGGAUCCAGCCGCGUCGCCCAGAAACAAUUUGAAAUUGAGGAAUUGGCCCUUGAGCUUGCAGCCCAGGUCCUGGAUGAGUUUGAGGACGAAGACAUUGGAUUUGGUCUGCUUGACGCCAAGCAUGACAAGGCUGUCGCAAAGAAACUAGGCCUCGACGAGUCUGACAGCAUCUUCAUCUUCACUGAAGAUGAGGUCAUUGAGUAUGACGGAGAGCUGGCAGCUGACACUCUCGUGGAGUUCAUCUAUGAUGUUCUUGAGGACCCCGUGGAGAUCAUUGACAACAGUAGGGAGCUGAGGGGCUUUGAGAACGUUGACGAGGACAUCAAACUGGUGGGCUACUUUAAGAGUCACAAGUCAGAACAUUUCGAUGCGUUUGCUGAUGCCGCUGAGGAGUUCCACCCUCACAUCAAGUUCUAUGCCACGUUCAAUGCCAAGGUGGCCAAUGCUUUGGAGAUGAAGCUGAAUGAUGUGGACUUUUAUGAGCCCUUCAUUGACGAUCCAGUCACCAUUCCAGGAAAGCCCUACACUGAGGACGAACUGGUGAAGUUCAUUGAAGACAACGACAGACCAACUCUGAGAAAGCUACAUCCACACAACAUGUAUGAGAUCUGGGAGGAUGAUGUCGAAGGUGAACACAUCAUCGCCUUUGCUGAGGAGUCUGACCCCGACGGCUUUGAGUUUCUGGAAAUCCUGAAGAAGGUUGCCGAGGACAACACUGACAACCCAGACCUCAGCAUCGUCUGGAUCGACCCUGAUGACUUCCCCCUUCUUUUGCCUCACUGGGAGAAGACUUUCGGAAUCGACCUGUCCCAUCCACAGAUUGGUGUUGUCGAUGCUGGCGAUGCUGACAGUGUGUGGCUGGACAUGGAUGAUGGAGAGGACCUGCCAUCAGUCGAUGAGCUGGAGGACUGGAUCGAAGACGUCCUGUCGGGUGAAGUUGAUCCCGAUGAUGAUGAUGAUGAUGACGACGAUGAUGAUGAUGAUGACGAUGAUGAUGAUGAUGAUGAUGAUGACGACGACGACGACGACGAUGAUGACGAUGAUGAUGACGACGAUGAUGACGACGACGACGAUGACGAUGAUGAUGAUGACGACGACGACGAUGAUGACGAUGACGAUGAUGAUGAUGAUGAUGAUGAUGACGACGAUGAUGAUGAUGAUGAUGACGAUGAUGAUGAUGAUGAUUUUUAACCACGUAAAUUCACACUUAAAGUCUGACCAAGGCAGUUACAAGAGUCGACAUCCUUCACUCUCCCAUCUCCCCUUUUUUUAACUCAUCAUCUUGUAAAAGCCGUGGAAUCAUUUUUGAUAUCUUGUCGUCGUCUCCAUUCUGCAUCUCACCCAAAGUAAUAUUCCAACUCAUCCUCCUCCUUUCGCUCAUGUAUCGACCGAUCCUCUGUGUCACAAAGCCCCAUGGUGCCAUCGCCCCUCAUGUAACUCCGGUGCAAUAAAAACAAACAAAAAAAUCAUUUCAAACCCAUCCACUCUUAAUGAUUUUAUAUCGUGAAAAUAUUCAUUCUCCCGUAAAAGUGGGGAUCUGAACAUGUAUGUCGUUGUCCACCAGCGGAGGCUGUGGACUUGUUUCUGUGUUCACUCAUUUUAAUGU